UUUUUACAGCUAGCUCUUUUUUUCCAUCUUUGAAAUCCAAAAUCAUUUGCCUCUUUUUUUCUUUGGUGUCUCGAAUUACCAAUCUUUCAUUAAAAAUAAAAAAAAACCAACAAUGACAGAGACAAAUUUUUAUUCAGAAAUGACACCUGGAUUUGCCAAGAUUGUGCCUAGAACCAUUGAAACUCCAACAACUUAUCAUCAUCAGAGUGAGAAAUGCAUGGAUGAUUUCGAAAGAGGUGGACGAGGUCUCCCUCAGAAACAACAGAUACCACUUUCAGCAGAAGCGUCAUCGAUGGCAAUGCCAACAAUUCCAUUGGGAUCAAACAUAAAUGCGCCUGUACUAAUAAUAGAUCAUGAAGAACACAAAGAUACAAAGAUAAAUCUGAAUCCGUUGUCAUUACUAAGUCCACCACCAAAUCCACGUCUUCGGAUUAAUGAUUUUUCGUCUUCCCACAUCAACGAUGAAUCAAAGACCGUAAUCUCUCAUGUCAAAUCCGUUUUGGUGUUCCAACUCACCUCUGGAAGCACAAAAAACGUUGAAGCAAUGGUUAAAUGUGCGAACAACGCCUUCUUCAACUUGGAUUUUCUUGAAGCAGAUUAUUCAUCUUUCUACAACGAUGUCAGAGAUUUCAUCGCAUAUCACUAUGAUUUGCUCACAGCUAAGAAACAGAGAGAAAUGCAAUCUUUUCCUGCUGAGCUGAAGACGAGAUAUGAAGACAUGAUAAUUUGUGCAAAUGAUCUUAAAGACGAGAUCUUUCAAACUCAAGGACAUAUCGCGAUGGUCAUGAAAAAGAAGGAAAAUUUAGAAAAACAGAUAGUGGACGCGAUGGAACUAAUUGGUAAGCUGAAAGAAUGCGUAGCUGUUCUUAAACAGGAGGAAGGGGCUUUGAAAUACGAGGAACAAAAAUGUGUUGCAGCGUAUGAGAUUGCAAAUCAUGAGUUGCAAAAAAUCUGUACUCAGGCUGAGGCAGCUAAAAAUAUACUAAGAGAAAUUGAUCAGCGCGAAAAUGCAGCUCUCAAUGGGAUUGAAUCAGCCUUUCGUCGUCUGAAAUCCAUACAAUCUUAACUUUAGUUUCAGAAACAGUGUACACUUUUUAUCUGUUUCGCGUAUUUUAUGCUGUUUUAUUUGAGCUUUUUAGAAGUCUAGUAAACUAAAUGUGAAUAUGAUUCUAGCUUCAGUCAUUUCUAUGUGUUUAAGUCGUUACG